AUGGGUUAUUCCCUGGUUGCUGGCACGAUACACCGAACGUUAGAGCCCUUCUGCGCUGCAGAGCCAAAGGUGGAAAUCCUUGACUGGAAGACAAAGAAACAGCUAUGCUUCCUAGAUAAGGUCGAACCAAAUGCCACAAUUAGGGAAAUCAGAUUGAUGUUCCAUAAAUUAUAUCCUCGGUGGUAUCCAGCAAGGCAGUCGAUAAGACUUGAUCCAAAAGGAAAGUCCCUGAGGGAUGAGGAAAUCCUGCAGCACCUCCCUGUUGGCACAACCGCUACCUUAUAUUUUAAAGAUUUAGGGCCACAGAUAGGAUGGACUAUGGUAUUUUUGAUAGAAUAUACAGGUCCAUUGUUCAUCUAUUUUCUGUUUUAUUUCCGCAUGCCUUUUGUCUAUGGCCUGGAUGAGAGGUUUACAUCAAGCCCACAUCCAGUAGUUAACUUGGCAUGUAUCUGCCAUUCUUUCCACUACAUCAAAAGGUUGAUUGAAACAAUAUUUGUUCAUCGGUUCUCCCAUGGGACCAUGCCACUGAGGAAUAUUGUGAAGAACUGCCUCUAUUACUGGGGAUUUGCUGCUUGGCUUGCUUAUUACAUCAAUCAUCCUCUUUACACCCCUCCUUCCUAUGGGAAAAAACAGAUAAAUUUUGCUGUGAUCAUGUUUCUGCUGUGUGAAGCUGGAAAUUUUUCUAUUCAUGUUGCCCUCAGCGACCUCCAGAGAGAUGGAUCCAGAACCCUUAAGAUCCCAUAUCCAACAAAGAAUCCUUUCACAUGGCUGUUUUUCUUUGUGUCUUGCCCUAACUAUACAUAUGAGGUUGGGACGUGGAUCAGUUUCACUAUCAUGACUCAGUGUGUCCCAGUGGGGCUGUUCACCCUGCUUUGCUUCAUUCAGAUGACAAUCUGGGCAAAGGAUAAACAUUACACCUACCUACGAGAAUUCAAGGAUUAUCCAAGUCUUCGAAUGCCAAUUAUUCCUUUUUUGUUGUAAGAAAAAGGAUGAAUUUGAAUAUUGCACGGAACUUCAGGAAGAAAAAGCUCAUAGGUUAUUCUUAUUCAUAAACCUCCUGCCAAAUAGGUGAAUUAAUUA